UGGGAUCGGGAUUGAGAUCAGGUGGGCUGGGGCGCGGGGACGGCCUCUUUCCUUGCCGAGGCCGGUCCCCGGCAGUGCUGUCGCUCCCGCCGCCCCUCCGGGCCUGCUGUGCUGUGAGGGGCGCGGGGCAGGCCGGGAAGGGCGCGGGGCAGGCCGGGAGUGCCCCGGGAGCGGCGCACGGGAGCGGCACCGGGAGCGGCACCGGCACCGGCGGGAUGUGGUACGAGAUCCUGCCCGGUAUGGCCAUCAUGGGCGUCUGCCUCAGCAUCCCCGGCCUCUCCACCAUCUUCAUGCACCGCCUGUGCAACGGCGGCAAGGAGAAGAGGAUCGCCCGCUACCCCUUCCAGUGGACGCUGAUGGAGAGGGACCGGCGGAUCUCGGGUGUCAACAAGUACUACGUGUCCAAGGGUCUGGAGAACAUAGACCAAGGUGGCAGCACUUUGAAGAAUCCACGUGUCUACAGAGAAUGAUUUAACUCUUAAAUAAAGAUAUAUGUCUGUUCA